CUGAGAUACAUCUUUGAACCAAACAAUAACAACACUUCACAGAAUUUCAAAAAUUCACCACAAAACUUUCACAAUCAGAGUUUUCAGGAUUCUCCGCAAGCGCAACAAUUUAAGAAUUCCUCUCAGAGCUUCCAGCAACAGCAGCCACCCCCUCAUGGAUAUAAACCGUCUCCCCAAUAUAAACAAGUUAACUACGGCACUGCCCCUCGAUAUUCUGAACAUAAUAGAGAUUACGAUUAUGCAAUAAAGCCAGCCCCUCAGAGAUAUAGUGCUUCCAGUAGAGACCAUAAUAAUCGCGAUAAGCGUGACUUUGGCGACUAUUCCUAUAUCAGUGAUCAAUAUGAACAUCAUACUCCAAAUACUCGAAAACCACCAGCUUAUGGAUUAAAGAAUAGUAAAAGCCAAAAUUUUUUAGACGCUUUUAAUAAAUUCUCUCCAGUUCAGGAGAAUAAGCGUGUUCGCUUAUAUAAUAAGAAUCCAAGUGCCUCAAAUUCUCACAGAUACAAUAAUCAAGGGACAAUUAAACACGCUAAAAGUCAGCCAUAUUUGAAUGGACAUUCCCAUAAUUCCCAACAACAGUGGAACCCUGGGUACUCAACAGAAAACUACACUGUCCCUGAAAAAUACAAUAGUAUUGGCCGUCAACGUCGAUCCUGGUCACCACCCCCUAAAGCCAUGGGUAGCGGAAGUAGUUUCAUGGCAAUGCGUAGUUACCGUAGCAAUGACCAAUUAGAUGCAGCGGAAUAUGGGUAUGACGGACACCAUGAUCAUCUCUAUGAAGAUCUGGAUUCCUUGAAGUCUUCUGGACCCCCACCACCAAUAGCCCCUAGUGGCAUCUUGAGCAAGAGCCCAGAUAAAGGAGUCAUCAAACCUAUAGCAUUCAAGCCUGUUGUACCAGCCGUGAGGUAUCCCACAAACUCCAGUAGCAGUCCCCUACGUCACGAUGUCAAACCUCCGACACCAGAUACUGGCUACAAUGUGCGAUAUUCUAGUCCCGCACACAAAUCACAUGAUGUCAAAUCGACCAGUCAGGACGAUGGUUAUGGUGGCUCUCAGGAUUAUUCGUCAGCCAAUAGGAGCACUAGUAGAUCGAACUUAUCGAACAACUCAGUCAUGAUAGACUCAGAUCGAAAUGUGAGUUUUGAAAAUGGUCACCCAGCUUCUGUACCAAGUCGAUAUUUACCACGUCCUGAGUCUUAUAACUCAUCCAAUCACAGUCGAGCUUCCAAUCACAUGGAGUCAUACAUCCAUACCCCCUCUCCAAGUGACAGCGGGGUAGCUGUGACUGAAUUUGAAGCAAUGCUACGCGAGAAAGAUCAAGAGAUCCGUAAUCUACGUGAAACAAUGGAACGCAAUGAGAAUGCUAUUAUUAAGACUUAUGAGGAGAAAGAGCAGAAUCAUUUAGUUGAAGUGGCUGAUGUACGUGAUGAAUGCGAAGACAAGGUUAAAGAUGAGCAACAACGGUGCUUCAAGGUGGAGCAAUCACUCUUACUACAGAUGUACAAACUACAGCAAGAGAAGAAAGACCUUCAAGAGAACUGUGAUAAAUUACGUAAAGAAAAUGUUGAAGGUAAACAACAUUGUGACCAACUGGAAACUGAGCUUGGUGAACAUAGGACAAAACUAGAUGAAGCUAAGUGGGAAAUGUGUCAGAAAACAGGGGAGAUAUCCCUACUGAAAUCUCAGUUAAAAGAUUCUCAGGACUCAUCAAGCUCACGCUCUAAUGAAGUUCUUUCAUUGAAAUCUCAACUACAGGACUCUGAAUACGAAGUCAUGCGCAGAGAUCAGGAAAUCGGCAAGCUUAGGAAUGAUAUUGCAGUUAAAUCUGAUGACCUUGCCAAAACUCGUAUUGAACUUGAUAAAGUGUGGCGCGAUGCCCAUAAAGAUAAAAUUGAGGAAAUUACGCAGACUGACAAUGAAGUAACGCAAUAUUUACAUAAUACAGCUGGUGCUACAACUAAAUCUGAAAGCCCUGAUGCCAUUCGCCAAAAAUUACGUAGCCAACAAGAACAAUUUGAGAUUGAACGUACACAGUGGCUGGAAGAAAAGAACAAAGUAGUACUAUACCAAAAACAACUUCAAUUAAAUUAUGUCCAAAUGUUACGUAAAAACCGAAUGCUGGAGGCUGAAAUUGAACAAUUGACUUUAGAGUUAGAGAAUAGAGACUUGAAACUUCUGGCCUUUAACGAGCAAGAGGAAUCAACAUGUUAGCAAUAAUACACCUGCUGAAUACAACAUACAAACUCAUGAAAUCAUUUUGUAGUGUUUUGCAAAAAGAAUUUGCACAGUUGAUCUUAGGUUUUAUAAUAUUCACUAGUUAAAGCUACUGUGUUUAUAGUGUUUGAUUGAUGAUACAUGUAAUAAUGUAGGUUCUGAUAUUUUACAUUCAUGAUUUCUGUUCAUUGCAAUACUGUUAUGAGACGAGCAAAUUGCCUUAAAUAAACAUAAGUACAGUAUUUAUAUCAGGUUAAUUCUUUACAUGUAAAUGCUUGUACAUAUCUUACAACUAGGAAUGCUAGAUUAAAAUCAAGAUGAUGAUUUUGUAGACGAAGAGUAAUUUUAUAGUUUUUGUUCAAUGAUUAUUAAAAUUGAUAAACAUUCAAAGAUUUUGUGAUUACGUAUCAAGUAAAGAUGCAAAGCUUUUUAUUAGUUUAUAAUUGUAAUUAAAUUAAUUAAAUAAGUAGAAAAUGUCUCAAAAGAUCUGACAAAGACGAGCCAUAAAUGUAUUCGUAUCUCUCAAGAAUUCUCAGUACAUAUUUUCCUCAACCUGGUGAUUCGGAAUUCACAGAGACAGCUAUUUAACACAUUUUUUUUUACUUUCCAGACGCAAUAGUAUUUUCCUAUAGUUUAUGGUAAUGGUAUAUACUUUUGUAACAAUGGUGCUGCACAUAUAAACCUGGUCUAUCGUAACUAAGAUACAACUUGCGACUCAUGAAAAUACUCCAUCAAACAAUAUAUUACAUCAACAACAGACAUAUUUUAAAACAUAAUGAGGAUAUUUUGGUUAUCUUGUUAUUUUUUAUGCUACAAAAAUAUGUUACAGUUUAAGAAAUUAGAAAAAUGAUUUAUGAAUUGAUCAGAUAUUGUAUUAUUAUUCAUUUCUUUUGUUAUUUUGAAGGUGAAUCAUGCCCAAGGGCAUCAACAUUGGUCUCCCUACUCGCUAUCUCUUCAAAUAAAACCUUUUCAUAGUUUGAAUGUUUACUUCGUUACUGGUACAGAUCUAUUAUCAACAAUAUGAAGGGUCAUUUGCUUGAAGUUAUUCUUUAUUACAAAACAACGUUAUCCCAAUGUUCACAACUACUUUUUCAACAUUGAACAUAAUGAUUUUUGAAUCAUAAUAUUAUAUUUAGUUUGUAAUGUUAUAUACCCUUGUAAAGUUAUCCAUCAUGGUGUAUAUAUACUAUGUAUAUGUAAUGAAUGAAUGAUGAAUUACAUUAGAUUGC